CAUCGUGUGAGGCUCCACCGUCCGUGGUACAGUAUGAUGAUGUGAUUGAAGAACCACUACAGAGACUGCAAAAACUGAGUACUGCUAUCGGUGGCGACUUACAGAUUGUGGGUGACAAAAUACUGACACUUUUCAAUGAGCAGCGCAAUUUUAUCUGGGCAGCAGCCGGACAAAAAGAGCCUCCAGCGAACGAGCUACAAGCGAAACUUGGCCCAAUCGUUAAGUUAAUGGAAGAAAUUUCAACAUUCAAAGAGUCCAAGAGAAAUACACCGUUGUUCAAUCACAUCUCAGCGGCAAGCGAAGGAAUCCAGGCACUUGGAUGGCUUACUGUUGUGAGUGUUUUUUUUUUUUUUGUAUUUUACAUAACUGUUAGUUUGACUUUUUGUGUUCUCUUCUAUGCCUUAAAUUAA